UUUAGGGUGGAAGUCUCCGUGACGUUUCACUUAUUCGUUUUCUCUUACCACCUCUCAGUUUUCUGAAAAGUGACGUGCUCCACACGCGCGACAAUGGAGGCGCCAGAAUUUUUCCCACCUUCUGAAAACUUGACGGCGGCUAUCGUGCACCCGCUAUGCGAUGAAUGGAAGGGGGGAUCCGAGGGUGCCAUCUUCCACCUCGCCAGUAUCUUCCUUGUUUUGGGGUUCAUGGGAGGGAGCGGGUUCUAUGGGCUCCUCUACUUGUUUACCUUUCUGACGCUCGGUUUCUUCUGCACAACCAUUUGGUCAUGGUCGGACGCGUGCACCACCGACACCUUUUUGUGGAAUUUCGCUCUCUUUGGGAUAUGUGCGGUUCAAGUUGUGCACGUCGCCUACCGGCUGAGGAACGUUACUUUCGAAAAGGAGUUUCAAGAUCUGUACAGCUACCUGUUCAAAAAGCUGGGGGUGUCGCUCACCCACUUCGGUAAGAUAGUCGCCUGUUGUGAAGGGGACAUCCACACUAUAGAGAAAGACCACUGUUUUGCCAUGGAGGGCAAGACUGCUAUUGAUAAGCUGUCCGUUCUUCUGUCCGGCAGAAUUCGUGUGACAGUAAAUGGAGAGUUUUUACAUGACAUAUAUCCUUUCCAGUUCCUCGAUUCACCUGAAUGGGACUCUCUCCGGCCGUCAGAGGAGGGCGUUUUCCAGGUGAGGAUCAGGAUGUCUGUCUCUCCAGAGAUGACCAGUAGCCUGUUCUACACCACCCUGGCCCCCCUGCGGUCAGCAGUCCCUGGGUCUGUACCCGGGGCUGGAGGUGGAGGUCUGGUGAUGACCACCAUGGAGCCCAACAUAACCUUCUGUCAGGAGUGGGAGGAGGCCCACCACCUGCUCUUCCACCUGGGGAACCUGUCUCUCCUCCUGGGCCUGGUCAUCCCCACCACCCUGACCCUGCACAUGAUCCUGCUGCGCCUCAUGCUGAUGACAGGAAGUUGUCUGUUCAUCACCUGGGCAACGCUGUACCGGUGUAAUCUGGAUGUCAUGGUGUGGAACGUGGUCUUCCUGCUGGUCAACUUCAUGCACUUCUUCUACCUGGUCUACAAACGCAGACCUAUUAAGAUUGACAGGGAGCUGAAGUCAGUGUACAAGCGGAUGUUUGAGCCCCUUCACGUGCGCGAGGCCCUGUUCCAGAGACUGACGGGCCAAUUCUGCACCAUCCAGAGCCUGAAGAAGGGACAGGUGUAUGCUGCCGAGGACAAGACCUCUGUGGAUGAGCGCCUCAGUAUCCUCCUUAAAGGAAAAAUGAAGGUGUCAUAUCGUGGUCAUUUCCUCCAUAACAUCUACACCAACGCCUUCAUUGACUCCCCUGAGUUCAGAUCAACCCAGAUGAACAGAGGAGAAAAAUUCCAGGUGACCAUCAUGGCGGAGGAGAACUGUAAGUUCCUGUGUUGGUCCAGAGAGAGGCUCACCUACUUCCUGGAGUCUGACUACUUCCUGAACGAGGUGUUCAGGUACCUCAUUGGCAAAGACAUCACCAACAAGCUGUACUCGCUCAACGACCCCACUCUCACUGACAAGGCAGCGAAGAAGAUGGAGCGUCAGCCCAGCCUGUGCUCCCAGCUUUCUAUGAUGCAGAUGAGGAACAGCAUGGGCAGCACCAGUGACACCGGCGACAUCCUGAACCAGAUCCACCGUGGAGGCUCCAGUGGAUCCUCACAUCAAAAAUCUCCUGGCUCCAACACAUCCAAAAUGAUGAAGCCCAUUGAAGAACAACUGGAAAAUGACGUCUUUACAGAGUCUGAGCCAGACUCUCCUGUUAAGAAACGCCACACCCACUCGACAGCCAUAGAGGUGUAAGAUGUGACGUUAUCCUACAACAACAGUGCUGACCACCCACCUAUAUUGUGAUCUGAUACAGACCCUGGUUAGUUAUGGUAGAAUAACUUAAACAAUAGCUUGAAAAAGGCUUUUACAUGAUCAAAAUAUCUAUCUACGUGUAUCUAGAAAACAAAACUGCACAUUUUGGCAUCUCACUUUGUCUUGUAGUGUUUGGUAUUAUUGUGAGUUUGUAGCUGUUGUACUUUUGAAAUCCUGUUUGAUUGGAUGUUGUACAAUGCCUUUGCUGUUUAUUCCUACACAGUGAGAGUUCAAAAAUGUAUUACGUGUCACAACCAAAACAUUUUAGUGUAAGCACAACCUCUGAGGAAGGGUUCUUUUAAAUAUUUUACUCCUUGUGUGAUAAAUUCUCUUAUUUAUGCACUGAGCUUCUGCACGGUUGUGUGUUGAUGAAUGUAGAGAUCUAACAAGUUAAACCUCCUGGUCAAUGCUAACCAUUUGAGGCUGUUAUGCUGUUUUUUUCACGGCUAUAAGCACACAAGCUUGGGAUCACUCUUUUAUGCCAUGAUCGUUACCUUAUAUUAAUUACUCAGAGGGAAAAGAUGAAAAAGAAAUUAACAGAAUUGAUGCAUAGCUCGUAGACCUCUGCUUUUUAUCCUCUAGCGCCCCCUAGGAGCUAUCAAGAGUACUACCGGUUUAUUUUCUCAUUCUGAACUCCUGUCACUGUUUAAACCAGGUCAAUGUUCAAACUCAUUCCAUGGAGGGCAUGUUUUGGUUUUUCCUUUCAAAUAAGAUCUAGACAACCAGGUGAGGGAAGUUCUUUACUAAUUAGUGACCUUAAUUCAUCAAUCAAGUACGAGGAGCCAAACAGAAACUCGGCCCUUCGUGGAAUGAGUUUGACACGUUGUUUAAACCGUCACAUCACUGAAAGAACAACCAGACCAAAAGAAGAUGUAAGCAACAGGCUUUAUUAUUUCAGUCAAAUAAACCUUUUGAAUAUGCAGACAAACCAUGAUUGGUGUAACAAAAAAAAUGACGUUGAAUACAAUGAAUGAAUAACAGGCCAACAGGAAAACAAUACAACAGAUAUCAGUGCUCUUUCGAGAUGUUAAGACAAUCUUCUGCUAUGGACAAACACUUCAUUGUUUUAUACAACCACAACACAGAAAAUACAUACGUACAUACACACACAAGCUUUUAGCUUUCUGGGUUGUCUUUGGGGCAUAUAUCUCCGCAAUAAAUGCUUUGGUUCAGUCUG